AGCAACGUAGCUUUCCACGCGCGUUGUAUGGUGAGCGCAACAGGUUUUAUGUAUUACGCAGAACUGAUGGACGAUUGGUAGAUCAUAUUCACACUGUGUUGUGGCAUAGCUUAUCGUUAGUCAGUGAAACCAAAACACUGUAGACUGUUAGGCCUACAUGUAUCACCAUUCGUUACUGUGAAGGAGCUUAGGUCAGUAUCAAUCAUGUCGGUCACUGUUGGUCAUCUGGAUUCAUUCACUUACUGUGUUUUCACCUUGCUCUUGACCAUCAUAGCAGGCCACAUUAGCGUUGGCAAGGAGACACGUGCUAUAUGAGGUAGUCCUGUCGAUCGUUAUCUGACAUUUACGACGUGACGCGUUAUAAAGGGAAAGGACACGCAAUCUUACGGAUGGUUUUUAUGCCAAGUGUAGAAUGUGUGAAUUUUGUGUUCAUCGAGGGCGGCCCGACUGUCAAACCUUCAUUUUGACUACUGGUAAAGAGGCGAUUUAGUCAUCAAAGAUAAACUUUAAGAAAUGUUGAACUUUGGCAUCAGUGUCCGUAACGUGUUCCAGCUUCAGACUCACAAUAUCGAGGGUGGUGAAUUUUGUUUACUCACGUACGGUCAGUCGCCACAUUUACCUCACAGUUGAUAUUCGUUUCUGAGUGAAGUUGUCCGCCGCUGAUUCGCAAUAAAUUGAUCUUUGCAUUAUCAGCCAAAAUCAUGAAGUUCUUUGAACGAUUUAAGUGAUUUGGCCUCAUUCGUGUUUUUGUUAAUCAUUAGACACCGCCGUGUGAGAGAAAUAGAGAUGUUGUAGCAAGGAACUUCCUUGAAAGUGAACUGGUCUUGUCUUCGAGAUAUUAUCAGAUUCAUCACAUACUUUGGCCUUUUGCAUCAUUCAAAAGGCACCAGCAAUUAAUUGUUCUGAAUUACAUGGAUCAAUUGGAGCAUGUUUAUUAUGUGAAGCCAGCGUAUGCCUGAAAAUGUGGGCAAAAUAUUUGGAGUGAAACACUGCACGUGGAAGAACAACAGCUGAAAAAAACAACUGUUGGUUUAAGACAUGGCUGGUAAUGUACAAGUCAAGCAAAAGACGAUGGUGAGCGUCAAUCAUCCUGUCAUCUCAGCUUUCUCCGCCAAAUGACUCCAUCUUGGGCGUGUUGCUUGAAUUCGUUGAGGGCGUCUAACGGCUUCUCAUUUCGGCGUGUAGCUGUGUUCCUGAUGGGUCACACUAAUUGUGGCAUUUAAACAUAACUCUGCUCAAAAGCAGCGUUUCCUUAUUUUUUGUCUCAAUCUAAUUUUAAUAACUUUCAACCGUAAGGAAUCAAGGCAGGUAACACUAAUUAUGAAGCUGUACACGUGGUAUCUGGUGGGCUUGCUGGCUAUUGUGACAGUCAUCGGAAUUCCAGGCAAUAUUUUGGUCCUUGCUGUGUACGCCAACAAGACUAAACGAACAGGGACGAGAAUAUUCAUUCUUGGCUUAGCUGCCGUUGAUUUAUUCAUUUGUGCACUGUCUGGCUACCGUUUGUAUCUCUGGAUACACGAAGAGUCUUUUUCUAGUGACUUCGUUUGCCGAUUUUUCAGCUGGAUAGGUUUGGCGAGUGAAUUGUCUUCAGCAUUUGUCACCACGGCGGUUGCAGUUGACCGAUACUUGGCAAUUUGUCGGCCCCACCUCGGCUGGAUGACCCACAAGCGUGCUCAAGUCGUUUGUUUUGCUGGAAUCAUUGCCUCGACCACCCUAACUCUCCCCGCGGUAGCAGUGUACUUAGUAUCUACUGAUUCGCAAGGGAAUAAGUCUUGUGAAAUCACAGAAGCAGAUGAAUACCGUUAUUGGGUCUAUAUUGCUUUGUUUGUCGUGGUUGUUGCAUUUGCUCUGAUGAUGAUUACAGCCCUUGCUAUGUACCUGUUGAUAUAUCGUGAGGUCCGGAAACGACUGAAAGUCCGACCAUCCAUUAUCAACGUUGCCCCAGCAGAGAAGUCCGGCGAUAAAGAAGGAGCACCCCGCGCAACUCUUCUUAUUAGUAUGCUAGUCGCAGGAGAUUCUAUGAUAGGCAUUUCUCUCCCUUCAAGAGGGUUUGCUGUUCGUCGGCAUAGUAUUGGGGAAGCUGAAGGAAUUUCGCAGAAAUUUCCUAAAUCACAGAUGCGAAAGACGUCUGGCUCACCUGUCGCAAUUCGUCGGAACAUCAGAGAAAAAUCGGACGUGAAAGAAAAUUUAAAAAAUACAAAGGCUUGUCCAACUGACUGCCAAGACUAUAGGAAGAUUGCUCUAGCGACCUUAGUGUCAUCUAGUGAGGACACAGGAUCUGGUGGCCCUAAAACAAAAUUGACUGGGGACAAGCACGACGAGCCUAUUGACCAAGCCAUCAAGAAAGGUAAAAAGAGCAAAACAGGUAAGAUGUUGCUCCUAGCAACGGUUGUCUUCGUGGUAACUUGGUCUGCUCGUUUACUUAUGUGGUUGAUAUCUUACACGUUGGGUGAGAAAUGGAAAGACUUUAAGCACAAUGACGAUGUUGCAUUUGCAUUUUUGAGUCUACUUCAGCAUUUGUACUAUACUACACCAGCCGUUAACCCUGCCAUUUACAGCUUUGUCAACGACAGAUUUAGAGUGGAAUCUUUCAAAAUUAUCCGGAAGAUGAAUUGUUUCCGACGGGAAAAUACAAUGUGAUUGCAGUUGACAAGAUUGCAACAAUGGUUGGAAACGUGCCGAGCCACACGUGACGCUCCAAUUACCUUAUGUUACUAUAGCAACGGUAACUCUAAUGAACGCAUUGUUGUGGAACGUGCACAGAGGAAUAAUGAUGUUUUUCUGUGGAAUUUUACAACCCAGUCCCUCACAAAGAUAACAAGGCGUCAUUAAGACAUGCAGCGUUAUGUGUAGUCGAAGUGAAACAGUAAUGCCAUUCACAUUUUAGCCUAGCCGACAUGUUAUUGGCAAACAUUAUACAAAGACCGGGGUGAUGUUUGUACCACACGUAUACAACUGUGGAUUUUCAAAUUAGGCAUGUCGUGUAGAGAGUGCGUAGUUUUAUUGCAUAUCGCAAUUUGACAGAAUCUGAGUGCGCAUUUAGUUUUUCAAUGGGUUUUGGUCAUUGUAGACAUUGUAAUGUUUACAGAGCUUUUCCGGAUAUUUAUCGUCCGCCUUUAUUAGAAUAGUUAACUUUACUCAUUCUUGCUGUCUUGUGUAAAAAGCUGUGCAAUGUCUUGCUACUUUUGGCAAGUCGUAGCUUUUUGAGAUUUAAAAUAAGCUGUUUGCGUCGACUGAAUGCAAUUAAUAAUUUACGAUUUCCUCCCCGCUUAUUGUCAUUCUGCAUCCGCGUGUUCAGCCAAACAACGGUAAUCCUAAAGGCACGUAUGCUACUUUUUGUUGAUACGGGUGUCUUAUAUAGGAAUGCCUGUUUCCUAAAUAAGAACUGAAGUUUAUUCUUUGAUUACAAUAGCUAACUGGAAGUGACAGUCAAACGAAAAAGUAAUGAAGCAGGUAGGCCUAUCUGAUAUACAAGUUAUAUUCUUGAUAUUGUGCAGGGAGGUAUUGCUUAAAGUCGUACCGUAACAGUAACACAGAUGACUUGGCGUAUCACCCCCUUUCUUGUGAUCUAGUAUCUGGACAAUUGUACUGUACAUGUCUAGUGGUCUACUCCUAUUUUAAUGAUUUUGUAAACUUGUGUCUAGCUCCAGUCUACACCAGCAUCUUUGACGAGAAAUGAAAUUGACUGUAAAACAUUUCUCUCAUUACCCCCCCCCAAAAAAGUCUCAAGGGCAUGCCCCAGUUUAGCCCCCCCUCCCAUAUGGCCUUGUUUACUUAAAAUAGCGAAAACUGCAAACCCAAAAGGAUGGAAUUGUUUACCAUUGUGUUUGUAAGGAAUAACAGUGAUCAGUACACUAUACGAUGCAGCUGUAUUAAUGUUGAAUUCAUUAAUUCAAAGCGCCCAGGCCGUGGAAAAUGUUUUAUCUGCAACACGUGUGACAAAUUUUGUGAAAAUCUGUGUCUAAAAAGAUAGAUACUAGAUAUAUUAGCAACCGUUAUAUUUUGGCUGCAGAUGCAGCUUUUAAACAUUGCUUAUCGUUUGAUUUGUGUUUUUAAUGACUAUUCAGACUUUUGAUUUAUCUAAGAUGUUAUUACUAUUUCAGUAUAAAAUGCA